UUGACGGCGAAUAUGGCGUCAAAGAACAUUGCAUUGAAAGAAAUCAAACUUGAAGCAAACGAUUAUUUGCAUGUGGUCUCAGAGGCGCAAGACGGUGUUAUUGUAAACAUAGCUCUUGUCGGACAAAUUGGAAGUGGUCGACCUAGUUUUGUUAAUGCUAUAACUGGAGUAAAAGAAGAUGACGAGAAUGCGGCAAGACCUGAAGAAAAACGUGCAGAUUCCGAAGUAAAAAAAUUUCUGCCUUACUCUCCACCAAGAAAUGAAAAUAUCCGUUUCUGGAUACUACCCAGUAUUGAUGAUGAGACAUGUUCCCCAAAUUUCUUCGAAUAUGUCAGGGUUCCGGAUUACGAUGUCUUUCUCUUCUUCACUUCUAUUUCAUGCAAUGAACAUCUUUUGAAACUUGCGAAGAAAAUUAAAAACCGCAACAAGCCCGUCUUUUUUGUUCGAAUCACAGAAAGGGACACCCUCUGGUACGAGUUUUCUUACAUCCUGAUGCUAGAAGACAUUAGUUCUUCUAAACUACAUCGCGUUGAUAUUCACCAACAAGAAGAGUAUGAUUUUUACAAACUAAUGAAAGCGAUUGUCAAUGUUUUGCCUUCUGGCAAAAAGGAGUGUUUCAGCCAAAUACCGAAAAUCCAGGAAUUAUUCGCCAUGCAUCAUUUUAACAAGUUCGUGAAAGAAAAAAAUGCGAAGAAAAUUAUGCCUAGUCGUGACGAAAUUAAACAGUUACUUGCCAGCAGUGGAAUCAUGGGAAUGCAAAAUAUGAUGAACGAAAGAUUACAGCGAUGGAAAGACGUCGAAAUCAACCUCGCCACUCUUGGAAAUUCUGGAGCCGGAAAAUCAAGCUUUAUUAAUGCAAUAAGAGGAUUGAAAAGCUCUGAUCCACUCGGAGCCAAAACUGGUCCAACAGAAACCACAAAGGUGCCAUUAUCCUAUCAACAUCCAACGAACGCAAAUAUCCUCUUCUGGGAUCUGCCUGGCAUUGGAACACCAAGUCAUCCCGAAUUCAUAAAGUUUUGUGAAGAAAUAAAAAUUGAAAUCUACGAUACUUUUCUGAUAAUCGCCUCAGAGAGCUUUACAGAAUCCCAUCGCCAAUUUGCCGAGAAAGUGACAGCAAUGGGCAAGCCGUUCUUUUUCAUCCGUUCCAAGAUCGAUCAGGCCAUCGAAGGAGAAAGGCAUGAUUAUCCAGAAACGUUCGAGGAAAAGAAAGUGAUGAAGAACGUAAGGGAAGAUUGUGUCGAAAACGUCAAAAAUAUUAAAAAAGAGGACAUUUUCCUAAUUAGUAACCAUCAUCCAAACAAGUGGGAUUUUGAUGAUUUGAGGAAAGCUAUAUUCGAUAGAUUACCUUCGAGUAUGAGAGAGUCUUUAAUCCUUUCCUUGCAAGCCUGCUCUGUAAAUAUUUUAUGCGCGAAGAUUGAAGUCCUGAAAGAAAGGAGAUUUUUGGCUUCAUUUGCAUCUGUUAUGACAAAACUAAGCCUCGGGCCAUUUUCCCUUUCCAUUGAUAAGAAACGGAUUAUGAAAAAAAUCCAUUUCUAUCGAUUGCAACUCGGAUUUCCCGAGACUGACUCCGAGGAAUACCAGAAAUUGCCCGAAGAAUUGCAAGCAAGAGUACAGAGGUUUGACCUGGAAAAAGUGAAGGAGGGUUCUGGCCAAGAUUUCUUGGAGUGGAUGAGGCUCUUCGACAGCAGUAACAACUAUAAUAUAAAAAUAUGCGGACCGCUUAUAUUAACGAAGAAGCCAUUCAAGUUUGUUGAGCUCUUUUUGGAUCAGGUCUUAGAUGAAAUGGAAGGUACAGCAAAAGCGAUUAUAGACCAUGGGACAGCAAACUGAUCGUGGAAACAAUAACUGUUAUACACACUAAACUCUAAAGAGCAUGCCACUAUCAGUAUGUGAUAUGUUGAUAUAUCUUUUUUAGUUUUCGACCGAAUUAGUUACAGCUAACUUACUCAUCGACGAUAACAUAUUUUGACUUUCUUUAAAAAAUAGAGCCAAUAAUACCUCAGUGAUACUGCAGGAAAACGUUAACUGUCGCAUGCAUGUAUAGCUUCAUAUCACCAGAAGUGACGUUUGCCACAUGCUGGUAACAGCAAAUUACGCAAUGCACAGUGCAAAUGUAACAAAGAGAAUAAAAAUUUUGAAAUUUUAUUAGAUUACCCUUUGCGCUUUCACAACAUUUUUCCGACUUUCCG